CGUACUGCUUGGGGGAAGAUCCAGGAAGAGGAGAGGGAGGUCAUGUGACAGUUUAGAGGAGUUGUGUGCAGCUGAAGCUUCAGGUAAACAGGAAUGGGGCCUCUGGCAGUGACUCGGCUCCUGGUCCUGGUCUCGCUGACUGUGGCCCUGGAUAAUGGACUGCUGAGGACUCCACCGAUGGGAUGGAUGGCCUGGGAACGCUUCCGCUGUGACGUGGACUGCAAGGACGACCCGGAGAACUGCAUCAGUGAGGGUCUGUUCAGAGACAUGGCUGACCGGCUGGCUGAGGAUGGCUGGAAGGAGCUGGGUUAUGAUUAUGUGAUCAUAGACGACUGCUGGAUGUCCAGGCUGAGAGACAAAGGGGGGAGACUGCAGCCUGAACCCUCCAGGUUCCCAGGGGGAAUUGCAAAACUGGCCAGGUACGUCCACAACCGUGGACUGAAGCUUGGCAUCUAUGCAGACAUGGGCUCUCACACAUGCAUGGGAUACCCUGGGACCACACUGGACAAGAUUGAGCUUGAUGCCCAGACCUUUGCCAGCUGGGGGGUGGACUACCUGAAGUUUGACGGCUGUUACUCUAAUCCUGUGGAACAGAUGCUGGGUUAUCCUCUGAUGUCAAAGGCUUUGAAUGCUACAGGCAGACCAAUGGUCUACUCCUGCAGCUGGCCCGUCUACAUUGGAGGACUUCCCCCUAGUGUGAACUACUCUCUACUGGGGGAGAUCUGUCACCUGUGGAGGAACUACGAUGAUAUCCAGGACUCCUGGGACAGUGUGCAGGGAAUCGUCAACUGGUUCUCCAACAACCAGGAUGAUCUGCAGCCGGCAGCGGGACCCGGGCGGUGGAAUGACCCUGACAUGCUGAUCAUCGGUAACUUCGGCCUCAGCGUGGACCAGGCUCGCUCUCAGAUGGCUCUGUGGGCCGUCAUGGCGGCGCCUCUGAUCAUGUCUAAUGACCUGCGAAAUCUGGACAACAGUGCGAGGGCCAUCCUGCAGAACAAAGUGGCCAUCGCCAUCAACCAGGACCCCCUGGGUAUCCAGGGACGACGCCUGCUGCAGGAGAAGAGUCGUGUUGAGGUGUACUGGAGGCCUCUGUCUCACUCAGCCAGCAGCCUUGUGUUCCUGAGCCGGAGGACAGACAUGCCGCUCCUCUACCACUGCUCUCUGGAUAAACUCAACUAUGAAGCUGGAAACUAUGAGGCCUACGACGUGUUCACUGGCUCCACGGUGACGGGGCUGAAUGUCACCACAGAGUUCACGGUCUCCAUCAACCCCUCAGGUGUAGUCAUGUGGUACGUCUACCCACGGUCCUCACAGGCUGACGCGGUCCACAGGAGGGCCUCAGAGUCCAGAGUCCACCCAGCUGGACCUGAUCAUCGCUCAGUGUUAUGAAGAGGCUGAGCUGGGACUGCGAAAUACUGACAGACUCAAUUAAUACCAACCUGAUCUCCACUUAUCAAUUAACAGAUAUUUUCUCUGAAUCUUUAAUGAGCUUUUUCCUCAAAAUGAUUAAAACCUUCAUUGACUGUU